CGUCGCAAAGGCUGAUGGGAAACGAAUUCCCGGAAAUGCAUACAUCCAUGCAGAGGUAGAGAUAUUUGGCCGUGAUUACGUGCGUACGUACCGCCGCAACAUGGCAAUCAUACAGCGUUGUCUGUGUUGGAACAACACUCGGAGUGGAUCUGUGGCCUGUGGGGUUUACACAUUGGUCCUGUCUCUGAUCUGUGUGGCUGUGGAUGCCUGGGACAUAGCUGUGGUCCAACAUUUGGAGAAAAAAUUCAAAGGACUCCAGAUAGUGUUCUUCCUACAGAUCUCUGUGUACCUGCUGGUGGCCAUCUUGUCUAUCAUACUGAUUGUAGGAGUCAACAAGGACAAACCGCUCCUGCUGUUACCAUGGAUCGGUGGCUUCAUCCUCUUCAUGUGGUUCGAGCUGGCUACUGUGAUCUACGUCCUGGUCUACGCUGGCAUGAGUGCCUUUAACAUCUUCACCAUUGUGUUCUACAUCUUGCGGAGCUUGUUAAACGUGUACUGUGUGCUGUGCGUGAUCUCCCAGUACCAGGAGUUACGUGCAGGGCGCGGGAGAAUGCAGGACGUACAGCAGCAGGUGGCACAACAACAACAACAACAACAGCGGACGGAACGUCGCCAGCCUCCGCCAGCCGCCAGACAGCCCGGAAUCGUCAUCGUACAGGCCGGACCCGCCAGACCGACCACGCAGUACCAGCGGACCCGUACCUCCACUCCCAGGCAGCCCCCCACCGGUGUGGCGCAACCACUACAACCCGCAGCCUCCUACCCUCCACUACCCCCUCCCCCCUACAUGGCGGGACCCCCCGGCCCCGCACCCCCUCCCUACUCAUACCUGUACCCUGCACCAACCCCCGAGGGGGACAAGAAGGAAGAGGGGCCUCCCCCCUAUACAGAGCAGGGACCAGACCAAGACCCCCCUAAGUCAUAAGAAGUAUCUGGAUCCACAGUGGGUAAAACGUAUCAGUAUUUGGU